UUAUCACCAUCAUCCGUAUCUUCAAUUGGUUACAAGAAACUCCAAUGGACACAUAACCAAGAAAACAUCACUUCCGAACUAAACAACCUGAUUGGCUCAAUUGAUCAGGCACGAUCCCGCGGUCAGGCUGUACUGGUACACUGCCAGUGUGGUGUGGCCCGAUCAGCGACAAUCAUUAUUGCCUAUGUGAUGAAGAUGAUGAAUCUGUCGAUGGACAAGGCCUACACACACGUCAAGUCACGAGCACCGGCAAUUAGUCCAAAUAUGCAUCUGAUUUACCAGCUGCAGAAAUACGAACGGUCUCUUUCGAACAGUCCAAUC